GCUACCACUCUGUUUCUUUCUCCUCUCACUUUCCAAUUUUAGCUCCUGUUUGUUCCCCGGCUAUCUUCUCCCACGAACCGAGACCACCAAUAACCCACGCCUCUCCGCUUCCGACAUUGGUCGUUGUUUCCCGGCGGAACGCGCCCCGUUCCGCCGCCGCUGCCGUGGCCAUGCCACUCAUACAGCGGAGGACAGACCCUGUGCUCUGAUCGCCGUCGUCAUCGUUCGCCGCCGCUGCCGCCGCAGCACGCGCCCGAUGGGCAACGUCUGCGUCGACGCGCGCCGCAGCUUCGCCAAGAACGGCUUCUUCAGCACCAUCUCCGGCUCCAUUUGGCGCAACCGCUCCGCCGCUCCCUCGAGUAGCCCCUCCGAGCCUACCACCACCUCCCGCUCCGUCCCCGUUGUACAGCCCACCGCCUCUGCUCCUCCCCCCGAGGUCAAGCCGCCUACGCCUGAGCCAACCCCUACGGCCCCUCCAGCUCCCAUCGUCAUCUCCGAACCGGCGAGACCGCCCCCCCAACAGCACAUUCAGCCAGCGGAGAAAGAGGCCAAUACCCCUCCUCCUCCUCCUCCGUCGGAGCAGCAGCCGUCAUCGCAGCCGGCUCAGCCGCAGCCGAGACAGCAGUCGCGGCCCAAGAAGCCGUCGGGGCACAUCAAGCGCAUCUCGAGUGCCGGGCUGCAGGUGCAGUCGGUCCUCCGGCGUAAGACCGACAACCUCAAGGACAAAUACAGCCUCGGCCGGAAGCUGGGGCAGGGGCAGUUCGGCACGACGUACCUGUGCGUGGACAAGGCAACUGGUCUGGAGUACGCGUGCAAGUCCAUCGCCAAGCGGAAGCUCAUCACCGACGAGGACGUGGAGGACGUGCGGCGGGAGAUCCAGAUCAUGCACCACCUCGCCGGCCACCCGAACAUUAUCUCCAUCCGGGGAGCCUAUGAGGACGCGGUAGCGGUGCACGUUGUGAUGGAGCUGUGCGCCGGCGGGGAGCUGUUCGACCGGAUCGUGCGCAGGGGGCACUACACCGAGCGGCAGGCUGCCGAGCUCGCCCGUGUCAUCGUGGCCGUCGUCGAGUCGUGCCACUCGCUGGGCGUAAUGCACCGCGACCUCAAGCCUGAGAACUUCCUCUUCGUGGGUAAUGAGGAGGACGCGGCGCUCAAGACCAUCGACUUCGGCCUCUCCAUGUUCUUCCGACCAGGCGAGAUGUUCAGCGACGUUGUGGGGAGCCCGUACUACGUGGCGCCGGAGGUGCUCAAGAAGAGCUACAGCCAGGACGCUGAUGUGUGGAGCGCCGGCGUCAUCGUGUACAUCCUGCUAUGCGGCGUGCCUCCAUUCUGGGCAGAGACAGAGCAGGGGAUAUUCGAGCAGGUGCUGAACGGCACGCUGGACUUCGAGUCGGACCCGUGGCCCAGCGUGUCGGAGGGCGCCAAGGACCUCCUCCGGAAGGUGCUCGUCAGGGACCCCAAGAAGCGGCUCACCGCGCACCAAGUCCUCUGCCACCCGUGGCUGCAGAUGAGCGGAGAGGCACCCGACAAGCCGCUCGACUCGGCGGUUCUCUCCCGCCUGAAGCAGUUCUCGGCGAUGAACAAGCUCAAGAAGAUGGCAUUGAGAGUGAUUGCCGAGAACUUAUCAGAGGAGGAGAUUGCAGGGCUCAAGGAGAUGUUCAAGAUGAUGGACACCGACAAUAGCGGGCAGAUCAACUACGAGGAGCUCAAGGCUGGACUGGAGAGGGUGGGCGCCAACAUGAAGGAGUCGGACAUAUCUCAGCUCAUGCAGGCUGGCCACCGCCGCCGCCGGAAGAUGAUGCCCGGGACGACGGGCUGAGCCACAGUUCAAGAUGUGGGCGCUCCAAGACUAGGUGCGGUGCUCCUGUACAUCCGUUGCUAGGAUCGCUACUGGCAACUGCUCCGGCACCGCCGGUGGGGCAUCGGGUGGUUCAAACUGUCGGGGGUCCCCGUCAACCCCUGCCUGUCGAACAGGUGGAUGAUGGCAGCUGCAUGGCAGCUAUUGCAGGUGGAGAAAGUCGUAUCCCUGCCAAAAGUGUAUGGGGGCCUGCGUAGGAAGGUUGCGUGCUGCACUUAGCGAUGAACGACCAGGUACUUUCUGCACAAAGUGGGGUGCGUGAAGCAGGAAUCCUAUCCACCCCGCUCUUGUCCUGUUCUUCUCGACAAAUCUCGUGCGCCAGGGAGCUUCGAUACCGCUUGGGCAACUGCUCCCCUGCUUCUGUUCACUAGCCAUGCCAUCGGUCAGGUGGUGAGGACAGGCUGGCAGCUGUCGGGAGCUAGGAGCAACACAACGAUGCGGGCCCAGCGAGAUCGCCGUGUUUGAGGAUUGGCUCGUGGGAUCUGUUGCCGCAAGAUCAUGUGGCCGUUGCUGAGGCCAGGCCAACUCCCUCGAUGGUGGGCCAUGACCUGGAUAGGGACGUGGGUAGCUAUGAGAUAAGGGAUUUGCUGGAUGGCCCUGUGAUGGAGAUGGCCCAUUUGCACGAGCAUGAGGAGACGUGCCCAUGGAGACAUAAAACAAGUGGCUCACUGUUAGCCUCUCAGCGCAAUAGGAGUUUGUGUCGCCGGAGGCACAUGCAGCCCAGUCGAUGUCACUACGCUCCGAGGUUGAGCAGUUGUGCGUUGAGAUACAUCACGCGCUGACACCGAUUCUCGCUCAGCCGACUACUCGUGCACAGCCAACGCUGGCGAGGAGGCCCAGACAAACAAGACCGCUGGUUACGACGCCGCGACAUAGUGUUCGCAUUGCCAAGGGGAAGGCCAAUGGCUCUAAGGCAACUAAGUAGCAGGUCGUUCUCAUUCGGAAGCUAUGCUUGGCAAGUGAAGCUGAGAUCAUAGGAGAGGAAGCCCUCCAAGCGUAUGCAAAGUUGUUUGAGAAGCCGCUCACUAACAGCCACAUCACGACCAUCCUAGCUUUGUUCGGAUGGUCGCAGGAGAUACUUCCACUACAGGAUGGGCUGGUGGACUUGGUUGAUGGGCAGUAGACUAUGCGGCUCGGUGGUCUUGUGUGGGUCUUCCAUAUGGCUUCACAACCUCCGAAGCUUCUCGUGUGGAACAUCCACAGCUUAAAGUCUCUAGCGAGGCAGAAUGCAAUAUACUAAGUCAUGGUGGCAGCUAAUCAAAGCAUAGUUUGCUUCCAAGAGACGAAAAUGGAAAUUGUAACAAUCUAAAUUGUCUGGCAUUGUCUCGAAAAUAAAUUUGAGAAACUUUUCUACCUGCCGGCUCUAGGGACACGCGGAGGUGUGCUCAUUGCAUGGGAUCUUGUAGUGGUGGCACUUUCAAACCCACACACAACUGAGAACACGCUCACGUCGCUUGUGACUCUAGCAGGAGUGAGUGACUGCAUGUGGUGGUUAACGGGAGUAUACGGUCCCCAAGGAGAUGCGGAAAAUGUGCAGUUCCUCCAUGAGAUCAAGGACGUCUGUGACUUGCAUGCGGGGCCUUGGGCUCUAGUGGGUGACUUUAACUUGAUUGUCAACCCGGAGGACAAGAGCAAUACACUGAUUAACGGGAGGAGGAUGGCUCGUCUGCGGGAAUUGUUAAACCGACUUGAGCUCAAAGAGAUAUACCUAAAUGGGCGGAGGUAUACGUGGACAAAUGAGAGGCGAGAACCUACAAUGGAGAAGUUAGACCAUGGUUUUGUCACUAACUCACGGGAGGACAAGUUUCCAGUUAGCCUACUGAUUGCCCUUGGAUCAUUAAUAUCGGAUCAUUGCCCGCUCUUGCUGGACUUAGACGCGGACUUCAUGAUGGGGCACCGAUUCAGGUUUGAGUCCUUUUUGGCCGAAGGUCGAGGGCUUCUAUGAGGUGGUGGCUGAGGCAUGGCAAUCCGUACCAUCCAUAGGAAAUGCGUACAUGGCACUAGACACCAAGCUACAAGCGAUCGCAAAGGGCACCGCAGAGGUGGAGUGACAAGUGGAUCAGGAAUGUGCGAUUGCAAGUGGCUCUUGCGAUGGAAGUCAUACACAGGCUUGAUAUGGAUGCGAACUUGAGGCCCCUAUCUGAUAAAGAGCAUGGUCUACGAAAUGUGUUGAAAAGGAAGCUGUUGGGCUUCAGCUCUCUAGAGCAGACUAUCGCCAGGCGGAGGUCUCACCUCCUCCGCUUGAAGGAGGGUAUGCGAACACGAAAUUCUUCCAUCGACAUGCAUGGCAUCGCCAUCAAAAGAACAUGAUCACGGCCAUGCAACACAAUGGCAAGGUAGUCACUGGGCAGGACCGCAUCACGGAGGUGGUGGAUGAGUACUAUGCGGCCUUGUUUGGCUCGGCGCCGGCAAGAAAUCACACCAUCGACUUGGAUACGCUAGGCCUUCCUUCCAUGGACUUGGCACAUCUGGAGGAGCCUUUGUCGGUGGAACAGGUAGAGAAGACAAUCAAGUCCAUGCCAAUGGACAAAGCGCCGGGGCCGGAUGGGUUCACAGAUCGCUUCGUUGUGACUUGUUGGCACAUAAUCAAGUUAGAUUUCAUGCGAGCACUGGAUGACUUCUUCUAUGGGGAUAUGAGGGGACUGCCGAGCAUCAACAAAGUGAUUGUUAUCCUAUUGCCAAAGAAAGAAGGGGCUGUGGAUAUCUAAGACUACCGCCCAGUGAGCCUAGUGCACGGAGCGGUGAAGAUAUUUGAAGAAGUUCUCGCAACAAGACUCACUGACGACCUACCGAAACUCGUUGGGCACCACCAAAGUGCAUUUGUUCGGGGACGCUCUCUGCACGACAAUUUCAUGGUGGUACAAUCCACAGCGAGGCAUUUACAUGUCUUGAAACAACCGACGAUCAUGCUGAAACUUGACAUUUUAAAGGCUUUUGACGCUGUCCAAUGGCCAUUUAUCCUGGAGGCGCUGACGUAGAUGGGCUUUGGGAGGAGAUGGAUCUCCUGGUUGUGCAGACUGCUAGCAACUUCCUCGAGAAGGAUCAUGGUAAACAGGAUACCGGGGAUGCCAAUCUUUAACUGUCAAGGGCUACGGCAAGGGGUGCAGUUAUCCCCAAUGGUCUUUAUUCUCUCCAUGGAGCCGUUGUAUAGUACAUGUUCAGAUUGGUGGCGGCCAAAGGCUUGUUAGCACCCCUUGCCCACUCCGGCACGCACCAGCAAGUCUCGAUGUUCGCAGAUGAUGUGAUCGUUUUCUUCAAGCCGGUGGAGCUUGAGUCCAGGGUGUGCAGAGCCAUCUUCGACCUAUUCGGACAUGCAUCGGGAUUACACGUCAACAUGACAGGAAGUGCUGCAAUGGCUAUCAGGUGCUCUCAGGAGGAGGUGCACACAAUAUGUACCUUGAUGGGCUGCGCGAGUGGGGCGUUUCCAUGCAA